AUGAAGGAUCGCUUCAAAGCUGACAUAACAGGAUUUAUGUGGAAAGCCACUCUCACUCAAACGCUAAACGUGAGGGGAGAAAAGUGCACUGGUGGGAAGAAAAGUAAAGAGCGUGUGACAGUCCUUGUGGCCUACAACCAGGAUGGCACUGAGAAGCUAUCCCUACUUGUGAUAGAAAAAUAUGCCAGACCCAGGUGCUUUAGGAACAGUAACAUGAACUUACUUCCUGUAACCUAUGAGUCUCAAAAGAAAGCCUGGAUGGACAGUGUUCUAUUCGAAAAAUGGGUGCGUCAGUUAGACCGACAAAUGAGAGUGGCAAACCGCCAUAUUUUCUUAUCCGUGGAUAAUUGUACUUCAUAUGUUAUUGUCAAUGGGCUGACAAACGCAAAGGUCAUCUUCUUUCCGCCCAACUGCACAAGCAAGUUACAACCGGCAGACCUAGGCAUCAUCCAGACCGUUAAAUUUCAUUAUUCAUUAUCGCAAGACAAUGAUCAGGAGGAUGUUGCAGUGUUUAGAUGA